UCGCGAACGAUUUGUAUUACAGCGUAUCGCCGAACUUUUGUCUACGUUUUCUCAUAGUAUAUUUGAUGAUUAUCUAUGUAUAAGAAUAUCAUUAUGUUUAUGUUUACAAUUGGAAGAAAUAGCAAGACCUGGCACUUUCAACGUUAAAUUGACGAAUCAUCGUCAAUCAAUUUUGAUCAUGCCAAAGAAAAACAAGUCAGCCAAGAUGUGGACCGCAUCGGACAAAAUUUGUGGCAACGACCUGAGAGAUGCUGAUACUGUUACUUCAAGCAGUUAUACACCUUAUUGGUGUCUAUCAAAGAAGGAGAAAAAUGAACGCAUGAAUGAAAGAAUUGCAAAAUUUUUGAAAGAACUAAUCAUUAAACAUAGAAUUGCAACUAAAGAAGACAAUAAUAAUGAUGAUUUAAAUAAUGCAUCUCUUAAGCAAUUAUGGGACAUAGAGGGACAAUAUCACGGAACCAGUGAAGUUGAUAAGAAAAUCAGAAUUGAUUCUCUGAAUACUUUAUCAAGGUUAGAAGAGUUUGGGAUAAUCAUGGAAGACUGGGAAAAAAAUCGAUCACUCAUUCCACCUGAUGUAAAUGAUUUGUUAGAGAAACCACAGCUAUUACUUCAUUACAUACUUACCAAGAGACCUUAAGAGUAAUGCAUGUUCUCUUGU